UACAGUGUUGCCUGUUUAUCAACAACGUAGCUAUCAUUCACACACUUUCAACAUGGCUGAUAUCAACCAAAAACCCAAAUUACAGCUACGCGCUGGAAUUUCCGUUAACGGCGACAAGACCCCCUCUCCGGCCACCAAACUGCUGAUCAAUCAUGGCAAGCCCAAUUUCACCAUUCAACGUUCGCCAAAAAUUCAAAAUGGCAAUGGCACGAAUGGCAACCCUUUGUCUCCACAGCCAGUGGCGCCCAAAAGUGAAUUUGUUGUCAGGUCGACCACUUUCAAUGGGGUCUUUAAGCCAUCGAAUGUUAGUCCGGUGGCUACCAAACCAACUUUGCUUAAACAAAAUGGUAACAUCAGCAACAACAACGUCAAUAAUAACAACAACAACAAUGGAGAACAUGAAAUGGCCAAGGUGGUAUUGAGACGUACCAAAGUCCCCGAACCCGCCGUCAAAGAGGGUGAAGAUGAAAAUGUCCCAGAAUUUAUUCUCCGCCAAAGACGUAUCCAAGAACGUUUGGCCAAGGAGAAUUUAGAUUUUGAAAAUAGACGUAGCGGUUACUUUACCCAGGUUUUGAUUUCUCCCUCAUCGCCAAAUCGUAAAUCCUUUGUUGAGACCAUGUCCAGUCCGGCUGUGAUGCCAAGUUUGGAAAUUCCACCACCCGAAACAAAACCAGAGAAAAUUGUUGAGGAGGAAAGCCAGGAGGAGAAGAAGGGUGAGGAGCAGGUAUUGCAGGAAAUUGCCAAGGAAAUUGUGGAGGAGGAAGCUAAGGUAGAGGAAUCUAAAGUGGAAGAAGCUAAAGUUGAGGAGCCCAAAGUAGAGGAACAGGCUCCCGUAACAGAAAAUGGCCACGAUGCUGAGGAAGAGGAAGUCAACAAGGCCAUUGAGGAGGUUAACAAGGCAGUGGCUGGUGAGGAUGACGAUAAGGCCGAAGAGGAACCAGAAAAGGAAGUUGUGGUACAAGAGGUUGUUGUCACCUCAGCCCCAGUGGAAGAGGUUAAGCCUGAGAGUGAGGAACCCGCACAAGUUGCCGUGGUUACAUCUGCUGUAGAAACUGAAGAAAUGGAAACCAAACCCCAAGAACCUGAGGCUCCCGUACAAGCUGUGGUAACAUCCGCCUUGUUGGUAGAAGAGGAACAAAAGCCCCAAGAAAAUGGCCACACCGAAGUAGCACAAGAGAAACCCUUAGAAAACGGCCAUACCGUAGAAGAAGAAGCCGAAACCCCCCAUGAAAAUGGCCAUGUCGAAGCUGUGGUGGUCACCUCAGCCCCCUUGGUGGAGGAGGAGGAGAAACCCCAAGAAAAUGGUCAUGUAGAGGCCGCUGAACCCCAAACCAAUGGCCAUGAAAUCACCAUUUCCCAUACAAAUGCCUCGACCACACCCAGCAUACCCUCUCCCGAUCCCAGCGGUGAAAAGGGUGUUAAUUUUGAACCCAAAACUGUGGUCUCCUUCUCACGGGAAUUGGGCGAUGUCAAUAAAUAUCCCGAUACCGUUAAGGUGGUGAAGGAUGUAGAAUCCCCCAAGGUAGAUGAUGAACUUAAAGAAUUGGCCAAAUUGAAAUUUGAAAUUAAAGCCGAUGAUCAGGAUAUUGAAGUGAAACCGGUACUGAAAGUGGAGUAAAAAACCCAAUUUUUUAAA